UUUUUUAAUCAUUAGACACAUCCGGAAAUUAAAAAACAUGGCCGUAAAUAAUUCUACGACUGGCGGAAAGAAAAAUAAGAAGAAGGCGCAAGUGAAGCUGUCAUGGCAAGAGUUUGUUGGCACAAGUGCAACUUCAGCCCCAGUAGUCUCAAAGCCAGCAUACAGCAGUUGGGCUGAAGAGAUGGAGGAUCAGAAUGUUGAUGAAGAACCAGAUUACAAACUGCAGAUCAACAGAGCAGCUCUGCCAACAGCUCCUCGUGCUGCUCGAUGUGCUGAUGUUGACGAAUCAAAGGUGCCAAACGAGCCACCAUUCAACGUCUUCAUCGGCAACCUACCAUUUGAAGUGCAGCCAGAGGACAUAAGAAAAUUUUUCAAAAAUUUAACAGUUGUAGACAUUCGCCUGCAGACAGAUGGCAUGGGUCGCAUGAAAGGCUUCGGACACGUGGAGUUUCAAACAAGGGAAAUGCUCCUGGAAGCACUCUCCUUCUCUGAUUUGCAUAUAAAGAGCAGAGCCAUCAAAGUCGACCUAGCAAGCCAUUCACAAGACAAGGAAAGAAGAGAGGGCAUGCAGCAGCAACACCGUGGCAACAAGGACGAAGGAGAUGACAAGACGCUUGGUGACUGGAGGAAGAAGGCUGACAGACUGUCCAACGAACAAUUGAACAGGAGAGAUGAUUACGACAGGGACAACGACAGAUUCGACAGAAACAAUGAGCAGCAACAAAGAGGCAACAGAUACAACAACAGGAGCAACUACAAUGAUAGGUCGGACGACAGGAGUUUUGAUAGAGGUAAUAAAGGUGGUUAUCGGGAGAAGUAUGGGAGCAACAGGGAUAACAGGGAUCGGUACUUCAGAGACGACAAGUCCGACAACAAUAACCGCUUUCGAGGAAGUAAUGAGAGAGACAGCAAUGCAUUUGAACGUGGUCGUCGAGAGGACAGGCACAGCAGUAAUAAGGAUGAACCGAUGGAUUGGAGGCAGGCUCCGAAAAUAGAAUUGCCUCCACCUAGGAGAGGUGGCAGAGAAGGUGGAAGUCGUGAUGCCAGCGGGGAAAAUUGGAAGAGAGAUACAUCGGGCGGUAGUCGAGGUGCCAGAUAUGGAAGAGAUGAGGAGAGAGAGGGAGGAAAGUUUGGAAGAGAUGCUGCAAGGUUUAGCAGAGAUGAGAUGAGAAGGAGUGGUCGAAAUGAUCAAAAUCACGGGAGCUUCAAGGAAGCUGGUGCUCAAAAAGAUUCACUGAAAGAUGAAAAUCGUUCUCACGCACAAUCCACCGACAACGUAGCCAACAACACAUCUGUUGAAAUAACACAACCAGCACCAUCCGGUCCUAAGGAACGACCCAAAUUGAACUUGAAACCACGUUCAAAACCACUUAAUGAAGCACCAGAUGUUGUGACUUCCACAAUAUUUGGGGCAGCAAAACCUGUUGACACCACGCAGAGAGAAAGGGAAAUUGAAGAAAAGUUGAAGCAGAUGAACAAACCACUCGAUGGUGAUAGCAAGAGACAGAGUCAGUCAUCAAAUCAGGACGAGUCAUCACGGCGACAGUUGUCCAGCAAUGAUAGCAGACAAAAAAAAGAUUUGAAACAGUCUUCCAGCACAUCAGUCCAGCAACCAAGAGGUCGCAGGACUACAGAAAGCUCAGAGGAACACCAGUCAGUUGAGUCUAGCAGCCAGCCAGCAGCAGCAGAUAAGCAGCAACAGCCAACACCUCCCGUCAAGAUGGUGCCUGCUCCUCCACCCAAAGUGAAUGCUUGGACUGCUCGCAGAACAACACAGCAGGAACAAGUGAACGCACCAACAACUGCCACAGCAGCACCACCAACCGCCACAACAUCACCGGCCAUAACGACAUCAACAACUUCAGCUGAAGUUGAAGAAGUCACUGAUGAUGUUGAUGUCAACGUUAAUAAAGCAGAUGAGGCAACUGUUGAUGACAGGAAACAACAGACAGUUGAGGAGCAACCCGAGUCAGACGCCACAAGCUCUGAUUGGAGGUCGCACAGUGCUUGGCAGUCGCAGACUAAAGACACCAAACCUAACAACAGAGGAGGCUAUAGUUCACAUCCAAUCGACCGCCGACAGCCAUCGAGCCAGUAUCAACAACAGCAUCAGCAACAGCCAUCCAGACGAACAGCUGUUUCGGUGGGACAUGCAAUGAAAGGAGGAGCAGGAAACUGGGGAAGAAGUAGUCGAGGAGGAGGUGUUAGAAAAGGGGAAUUUGAUGGUCCUAAUUUAGCGGUUGUCAGUGUUCGACAGGCCCAACAACAAGCACGAAAGGAGAAACACGUGCCCACAUCGAUAGACGAUAUGCCUAAGCUGGAAGAUCAUUCAAGGAAGGAUUGGAGCAACAAAAAUAAAUUUUCAUCGCUGAUGAACGACAACGACGAUGAAGAUGACGAUGCUGACGACGACGAAGAUGCGAAGAAAUCCAUCGAGGACGAGCAGGAUGAUGGCAUUGGAGACAAAGAUGUUGACGACGACGGUGAUGAUGGUGGUUGUGAGCGUGAAACAAUGUCAGACUUCAGUAAAAAGUCUGAACUGCAAGAGUGUGUUUAAUUUAUUGAUUGCUUUAAUGAUGAAUGAAUGAUUUAAUUAAUUCGUUAAUUAUCUUUUAAUAAUUAAUCUAUCUUCGACUAACAGUAUGAAUUUCAUUUGUUCAUCAGUUUGAAAGCCAUCAUCCUCAUUGUCAUCCUUCAUCUUCGCCAUUGUCUUCUUCAUCCUCAUUGUCAUUAUCAACAUAAUCAUUUAAAAUUUCAAUUAUUAUGUUCUUGAAGUUAGCAUUUCACCUAUACAAUCGUUAUUAAUUUAUAUUUAUUUAAAGUGUUUUUAAACUUAAAAUAAAUAAUGGAACACAUUUGUUAUAUUAAGUUUCAAACAUUUUAAUUCCCUUAAGAAUUAUAGCUGGUAUGUAGUUGGGAAUACUGUUGACUGUUUUACUUCCCCAAUGAUUUUAAAUUUUCAAUACGUGUUUAAAUGCUUUAAA